ACUACCGCAGUGAAAUCUUUUUCAGUGCGAAAAGAAAAGCAUGGGGUAUAUUUUCUUUUUAAUUUUAAUUCCCGUUGAAUUUGAUAUUUAUUUUUCUGGAGUCUUGCAUAAUGUCAAGAUCAAAGUAAAUAAAUUGAAAAUACACGGGAAAUGUGUUGUUAUGUUAGCGAGUGAAAGGUAUUGAUGACAGACCAGCGCCCGCCGAAAGCAGAUGUGUUUCAAUAAUGACAUUAAUUGUCAGGACCUUGGUUCAUUAUUAUUUAUACAUUUUCCUUUACACCGGAGCACUUGUCAAUAAUUUCAACCUGAAUUUCGCGUCGCACUAGCUACAUCUCGAACGUUCGGAAAAUACUGGAGCGAAAGAGGAAAUUUCUACAGCCGUAUUCCGAAAUUUGAAUGACAUGGCGGACAGAGUAGAUCGAGAAACUGGAGGAUUUGAGGCAGAAUUUGUUCUUCCACUACCCGAAGAAUACGAAUGCCCAAUUUGCCAGUUAGCUUUUCGCGACCCCGUCCAAAUCGAAGAUUGUGGUCACCGAUUUUGCCAGUCAUGUCUACAAGAGUUAAAACGAAGGCAAGGGAGUCCAUGUUUAUGCCCUCUGGACAGAAAACCAAUAUCUUCUUCAAAGAUCUUUGUCGACAAGGCAGCAAAACGAGCCGUUUUAUCACUUGGUGUGAAAUGCUCCAAUUGGAAAAGAAAGUGCGACUGGGUUGGGGAUUUAAUUUAUGUUGAGGAACACAUGAAAAACUGUGUGUAUGAAGAUGUACACUGUACAAACCCGGAGUGCAAUGAACUUAUGCCUCGGAGGACACUGCAGUAUCAUCUGGUGUCAAAGUGCCGCUGGAGGGUGGUGUCGUGUCACUUUUGUUCCGAGAUGUACACUUACAAGGAUAGUAAGCUGCACAUGAAAGUAUGCAAGCGAAUCCCUUUGGAGUGUGUCAACAAGUGUGGAGCAAAAGACAUUCCUCGAGAAGAAAUGUCUUUUCACAUAACCGAGUGUCCUCUGGCAAUCCAUCCUUGCUCAUACCAGGAUAUUGGUUGCACUUUCAAGGGUAAACGCGAUGUACUCGAAGACCACUCCAAGACCGCGGUACACACCCAUCUGAGUUUAGCUUUGCUGAAAAUCCGGGAAAACGAGAGUCGCAGUACCUGUACGAACGGCAUGUUCAUUUGGAAAAUCACCAAUUACAAACAACAGUUUGAGCAAGCAGUAGCUUCACCUGAAGACUUGGCUAUCUUUAGCCCACCCUUCUAUACCUCGCAAUACGGUUAUAAAAUGAGACUGAAGGCGUAUCUUCAAGGUCGGGACCGCGGUAAAUCGACGCAUUUGUCCUUGUACAUCAUAAUAAUGAAGGGCGACUACGAUGCGUUGCUGGACUGGCCGUUUAAGCAAAAAAUAACUUUUUUUCUCAUCGAUCAAGGCGAGCAGAAAGCUCAUCGGACUCACCAACUUAGCCCGAACCGCUCGCUGCCGAACAUUAAAGUGGUGUUCAAUCGGCCCACCAUGAAAGAAAACCUUGGGAUUGGUAACCCGUGCUUCGUGCCCCACGAGGUCCUGGAGUCCGGCGAGUUCAUAAAAGACGAUGCGCUGUUUAUUAAGGCUGUUGUUGAACCUUCCAAGGCAACUUCUUAACAUUUAAUUCAAUUCCGAAUCUCAAAAACUCACGGUUUCCCGGAGCCAUCUAAUAGUCCAGUUAUCCACGACCGCUGAAUAUAGACAACAACAACAAAACUUUUAUUCCUUUUUCAUUAAAGGCGCAUCUUCUUCUUUGAAUAUCUUAGUUCAGAUUGAGACAGACUAACACUGUACAGAUGAAAUGAGUCUUUGAUCUUUUCAUUCGACGGUCUCGUUUACCACUUCCUUUCAAAACUGCGGAGACCCUGGAACGAGGUUAAUGGUCGACAGUUGAGGACAAUUACUAGUACUUAGGCUUCCCCUUUUUAUUCUCUCGUUUUGGCGUAAAAUUUCACGAGAUCACAAGCACGCAUUCUUGCAUGCUGUUUCCAGGUCCGGCCAAUGGCGCGUUUUGAAAUCUUAAUCCUAAAAUAUUUAAGAUCGUCUUCAACCGUAACUAUCCUUUCCACCUUUUGAGUUUAUAUGACCCCUUUUGUGUUUUGAACAAUUUAGAAGAAUGCCUCGAUACAUGGUUAUAAUGUCGACAGUUUGAUUGUUUUCUUUAUUCUCGUAACUUGUCUGCUUGUCAGUAUUUUGAUAUUGUAAAGAAAGAGAAUUAAAGAACAAAAGAAGAGAAUGAAACUUGAAUUGUUUGGCAAAUUUUUUGUGACAAAAGUGACACGAAUUAUUACUUACGCUAACGUGAACUUGAAUGUUCUAGUAUUCAAAAUUAAGACAGGAUUCUUGUUAUUCCAGAAUCGUGAGUCGCACGUUCCUAAUGUGGUAUAUCGACUUGCAUGAAUUGUUGCAAUGCAACUACAAGAGUUAAAUUCUUGCACCAAAAAAUUAAUUUGUGCCUAGUUAUUAGCAUUUAGCCCACGUUUAACAAACUAGCAAGUCAGUGGUGAUGAUAAAAAACGACAGUGUUAUUAUUUUUCGUUCUGUGAGAGAAUUAAAUUCAAUAUUAGUUAGAAAAAAGAGAAGGUGUGGACGAGUUGUUGCCAACGUAUUCUCAGGCUCGCGGUUUCGACUGUACCCGCGCGGGAUUCCCACCUAUCAUUGCUCAUCAUAGCGUCUUUUUUUGUCAGGAAGUUAUUUUAUGUGGAGACUUCAAAAUGAUGGGCUCAUCCACUAUAUCCAAGUUUUUAGUUGCACUAAGCUGCUUAAUCAACUGACAACAACAUGACAGUUCGGAGUAUGAUUUCAAGCAGAAUCUCGAGUCGGACUUUUUUGUUGUGAACAGAGUGAAACCUUGUAGUCAAUGGAUGCUUGGCUCGAAAUCCUGACUCGAAAUCUUAACUGCAGCUGGUGAUCCUGACCUGAGAUUCAACUAGAAAUGCUGCUGGGAAUCUUGACUCGGGAAUAGCAAUCUACCCCAUCCUCAGAUUCCUUUACUGAUUUUGGCUGUUGAGGGCCCCACCCAUGGGAACUUCCAAUGACCUGUUAUGGUGUGGGUAGGGAUAUCUUGCGGAAUCUCACCAUGAUUACUUUGUGUAGAUUUGGUGGUUCAUCACCCUGGCUUGAUGAGUUUCUUUAUUCUUAUUAUCGUUCUCCUUGACAGUGUAUUGCAGUUUAGGGAGAAAUCAUUGGAUCUUGAGAAUAAGUAAUUGCUUAAAUAGUUCACAAAGAAUAAAUAUGUAAAUCCUGACUCGGAGAACAGGAAUCCAC